UCGCAUUUAAAACCUCUCUCCUCGCACUCAGCAGCUCAUCCAGCAUCAGGACACUUGUCUGCUUCUCUCAGCUUGUCAUUUUUUUUUACAAAGAGAAGCAGCCAUGCUCCUCCACGCGUCGUGUCGCUCCCUCCUCCUGCUCUGCGCCCUCCUGAGGAGCUGCCAGGCCGUGGAAAAUGACGCCACGGAGCGGGUGUUCUCGCACGUGAGCCCCGCUCCGGCCGUGGAGCUGCACAGCAACGCGUCCCUGAACAGCGCGCGCACCGGAGGGCGAGGACAGGGCGGCGGUGCGGCUGCGCAGGAGCGAGGCGAUCGGAGUCAGAUUGGGUGCAGAGAGUUGAGGUCUACAAAGUACAUCUCAGACGGCCACUGCACCAGCGUCAACCCCAUCAAGGAGCUGGUGUGCGCAGGCGAGUGUCUCCCAGCUCGGAUGCUAGAGAACUGGAUCGGCACGUCCCGCGGCAGGAAGUUCUGGGCCCGCCGGAGCAGCAGCCACGACUGGCGCUGCGUCAAUGACAAAACCCGCACCCAGCGCAUCCAGCUGCAGUGCCAGGACGGCACCACGAGAACGUACAAGAUCACCGUGGUGACCUCCUGCAAGUGCAAGAGGUUCUCGAGGCAACACAACGAGUCCGGCGGCAAGUUCGAGGACCAAUCCGUGCUGCAGCCGUCAAUCCUCCACAGACACAAAUCCCAGAGCAAGAAGAGGCUGGGCAAGACCCGGCUGAGGGAGAACUGGCAUGAGACCGAAUCCUAAAAUCUGCAACAUCUUCAGAUUGACUCUAAAAAUAAUCCUCGGGAGGUUUCUCCUUUUGACCUUUGGAAGUUGUGGAUUAUCUUUCUGUGAUUUUCAUCUGACUCAUGCAAAGUCAGGUAGCUAAUUUGGAGACUUCAAAGUGGAUUCCCAAAGAUUUUUGAUUUAAAAAAUGUGAACAAAAGUGGAUUGUACAGUCUGGAGAGUUCCAUGUAGUAGAACACAUUAUCCCAUAUGGGCUAUGCAUAUUCUAUGGAGAUCUGCAUCAAACUAGUGGGAAAACACCCAUACGUCUUUAAAACAUUAACUGUAAAUAACUGUACAUAUAUGAAAUCCAUACUCACAUUUUGAAAUAUGGCUGUGUUUAUAAGAUUUUACUCUGUAAGAAAUAUGAUGUUUGAUGUAAUAUAUUUUUUGUCGCAAUAUAUCUGGUGAAUUCAUUUGUUUAGCAUCUGCAAAAACUUCACUCUUGUCUUUACUUUGUGCAAAAUAAAUCCAACAAUUGAUCACAUGUUGUUUCAUAUUGUUAAAAGCUUUAAAGCCUUAUGUAGACAUGAGACCUUACACCCUAACACAUUGUACAAACUGUUAGAUGAAAUCAAUUUAAUCAAGAUUUCAACCAACAGUUUGUACAAUUAUUGUCUUAAAAAAGCAGCCCCUCCUUCAGUGCCAAUGCCAUUUAUUUGGAAAGACAUCAGCAAUGGGUCUAGUGAAGCAACUGUGGUUGUCCAUCAAUCUGAAAAAAUUUCUAAUGUCCAAACAACUUUAAAUUCAUCUUUCUACAAUGAGUUUCAGUGCAAAGCAUUCAAGACACUUGUCUUGGUGAGGUUCUUUGCUAAGUGGGAGAGCUUAAGUAUCUUGGUGUUUUGUUCAAAAAUUAGGGAAAAAUGGAGCAAGAGAUUAAUAGGCAAAUUGGUGUAUUUUGACAUUCACUCUAAAGUUAAUAGUUAAGAAACUCAAAAAGCUUAAUAUACGCCUUUUAUGGCCUCAACAUAUUCAUCAACAGUGAUGAAUAUUUAGAGAAAAACUG